AUGAUAGUGAAUGAUAACUAUCAGAUCCUCGAGCAGGCAUCCUUUAUCAACUACUGGACACAUAAGGAAGAGAUUAUGACAAGACGAAAGUUGAAGGCUGUGCAAAGAGGUCGAGCCGCAAGUCAAGCUCAAGCGUACACUCAUAUGAUAGAUGAAAUGAACAAUAGUGCAUCAAAUGAAGGCAGUGAUAUUGAAACAUCUGAAUAUUCUGCCAGAAAGUCUAUACCAUCAACUUCCAAUUCACCAAGUGAAGACGAUAUCGGUGACACCUACCAGUAUCUAACACAAUGGCGAUUCCUACCAGUACAAGUUGAAGUCUGA